AUGGUUCAGAAGUUGGUGUUAUUAUUCGGGCUUUUCAUGUCAGCCACCUGCAUGGUGCUGCACCAGCCGCCCUUGCCGCUCUACCUUCCACUUCAGUACCAGGACCCGACGCCCAAUUACAACUUCGCUUACGAAGUCAACGCCGCCCACACCGGAGACUACAAGAGGCAGCAGGAGAGCCGCAGAGGGGACGCUGUUCUUGGCCAGUACUCCCUCCUGCAGCCGGACGGCCUGACGAGGACUGUCGAAUACCGAGCGGAUGAUCACUCAGGAUUUAACGCGGUGGUGAACAGCGAGGGGAGAUCCAAUGGCCCAAACAGCCAAGGACAGGACAGGCAAAGCGAGAACGGCAACGACAACGAAAGACAGUCGAACGGCAGGCUGCAAGUGGAGCAGCCGUGGCAAAUCCCCAGCGACCAGCAAGCGACUCCCGCGCCGCUGACCAUAUCUCACACCUCCCUGAUACACCAUUCCAUCUCCAAUGGUCACAACUCUUGGAUC